AUGAGCGCCACGUCCCUCCGCGUCGUCACCGUCGACUUCCCCAACCCCGAAUGGGUCCUCGGCAGCAACGACCAGUUCCACCAAGUCAACACCUCCAUCUCCUACUGGGCCCUCGGCAGCCACACCCCCGUCACCCUCUCCUCCCACAACGCCCAGCCCGGCAACGAUAUCACUGGCCUCUUAUACGUUCCUGACUUACCCUCCGACGACGCUUGCAGCGAUGCCGCUUCGCCCUACGUGCCGAAUAAUGUCACGCGCCGAUCCGACCUCCCGGAUGCUGGUUACGACCUGAUUGCGAUUGCGCCAUGGCUGAGUCCGGAUUGUGUGCAGGAGUAUCUACGGUCGGCGCGGCGUGAUUCUGCGAGGGCGUUGAUAUCGUUUCUGCCCAACAAUUCUACCGCCGCACCUCCCAACGCGGACGACCCGAGCUGGGCGCUGGGAGAUGGCGAGGGUUGGAAGAAUCAGAAUCAAUAUCCUGUCUAUGCAAUAUCGGGAGCGGAAGGGAAUGAGCUGAUGAGAUGGAGUGCGCAGUACUCCGGGAAUGUGACAGAUGCGCCGUGGGGGCAUGAUCUGACAGAGUCUGGAAUUGAUUCGAGAGACUACGUACGGCUGUUCGCGGACAUCAGCACAGGCGGAGGGACAGCAUUACCAAGCCUGUGGGUGUUCUUGCUGGUGGUGUUGGGAAUAUUACUUGGGAUAGUAGGCUGCACCUCCUUCAGCAUGCACAUCCUCCAACGACGAAGACGAGUCGCCCUACGAAGACGCAUCGCAUCCGGCGAAGUCGACCUCGAAGCCCUUGGCAUCAAACGCCUCACCGUCCCGCAAGAAGUCCUCGACCGCAUGCCCCUCUACACCUACGGCACCGGCGCUCCCGUCCCCCAACCCAGCACCGCCCGCGAAGCCUCCAACCCCGACAACCCCACCACUUCCACCGACCCCCUCCCCUCCGUCGCCGAAGACAAACUCUCCACCUCCACCGCUUCCCGCCCUUCCUCCCCCGACCCUAAUAUCCGCCCCACCCCCGCCUUAAUCCGCAACCACAGCUACCGCCCCACGCCCCUCCAACAACCCACCUGCGCCAUCUGCCUCGACGACUUCGUCCCGGCGUCGGAAGAGACGCCUACCGGCACGAUUGUGCGCGAAUUACCCUGCCAUCACAUCUUCCACCCCGAAUGCGUUGACGCUUUUCUACGGGAUUCGAGCAGUUUGUGUCCGAUGUGCAAGAAAUCCGCGUUGCCGAAGGGGUAUUGUCCGCGCGUCGUGACGAACGCGAUGGUGAGAAGGGAGAGGAUGAUGCAGGGUUUACGGCCGGAAGCUGGGGAUGAGGAGGACGGGAAUGCGGAGUCCCCCUGGCGGAGAUCAAGAGUCCGCUCCUGGGCUGUCCGGCGAGAUGGCGCGGGGGACGGGAGGAGGGGUGUGGGACGGUUCUUUUCGGCGCCUGUUUCUGGCACCUCUACCACCACCGCCGACGCAGAGCGAAGGGGGACGGCUGCAGACGGAGGGCAAGAAAUGCAUCAACUCCCUCCCCCCACUGCACGCACCCGCCUUGGAACCUCCCUCGCCCGCGAACGGCGGAGCGUCACACAACCCGCCCGUACCCCCUCCCAUUCCAACUCGCAGGGUCAAUCGCGAGAUCCCCCCAUCCAACCCCCCGCGACGGCUAGUAGGAGAGAAUGGGCCCGCGAGCGCGCGGUCGCUAUGUUAGGCCGUGAACGGGCACCUCUGGAUCCGGAUGCUGACGAGGCGGAGAGGACGAGUGGGUGGCGGAAGGUGGUUCGGGGGGUGUUUCCUGGGUUUGGGCGGCGAUAA